AUGGACAGGAGCAGUGGCCUCAACAUCAUGCAUGCUGAGACCCAGGAUGCCAUGGGCAUCGAUCGGUCACGCAUUCGGCCAUCCAGAGCACCAUUCCACAUCACUGUGCUGGGGAAGCAAGCGAUACCACUUGGGCAGAUUGACCUGCCUGUAACAUUCGGGGAUCCAACCAACUACAGGACGGAAACCCUCACCUUUGAGGUGGUUAGAUUUCACAGAUCCUUCCACGCCAUCUUGGGGCGGCCGUGCUACGUGAAGUUCAUAGCCAUCCCCAACUACACGUACCUCAAGCUCAGGAUGUCAAGCCCGCAUGGUGUUAUCACCAUCAGCUCCUCUUUCCAGCGUGCCUACCAAUGCGAGGUGGAGACCUACGAGAUCGCCUUAGCAGUUGUCGCCUCUGAGGAACUCAUAGUCAUCCAGGAGGAAACCGCAGAGUAG